AUGGCCGACACAGAAGAGCCCCAGUUCAACACCUUGGCUGAGCGUAUUGCUGCCCUCAACAAGAAGAAGAGCUUCGCCAAUGUUCAAAGCCCGAACCCGAGCCCAAGUCCUGGACCUGGACCAGUUCGCAAGCGACCGCCGCCGCCGCCUCCUCCCGUUCGUCCAGCUAUCGAAGGCAGGAGUCAAACAGUACCGAUUAUAUCAGCAACCCCAAGCCCUUCGCAGAAUAACCCAACGAUUCCUCCUCGCCCACUGAGAAAAGCGUCAACACCACAACUGUCAGCGCAAAACGGUCAAGAUGUCGUUCAACGACGAACCCCGCCUCCACUCCCCAGCCGCACUUCGACCACGCAGUCUGCACCGACUUUGCCGCCGAGACGCCCCUCAACUCAAUCCAGUCUGAUGGUGAGGAGAAACUCUGGUUCUUCAGAGAGAUCGCAGAAUUCCGCAAUCUCUACUUUAUCUGCAGGUAGGCCCCCUUCAUCAGUGACAAGUGUCAACUCUGAUGGGGCCGUUUAUAAAGUGCCACCGGCCUAUGAUCCUGCGAACCUCCCAAAACUACCCCCUUCGCGAAGAGAGAAAGAAGCCUCGGCCAAGGAGGUGGUGAAACCCAAACGUGCUCCUCCAUCGCCACAGCCUCCACGAGCCAUUGAGCCUCCACGAGCCAUUGAGCCUCCACGAGCCAUUGAGCCUCCACGAGCCAUUGCGCCUCCACGAGCCAUUGCGCCUGCACCUCCGGUUAGACCUGAUCUUCCCCCAAGGUUACCCGCCCGCCCAGCGAAACCACAAGCAGACACCACGCCCGAACCGCAGACAGUAUCUCAGCCAAGGAAGAUACCGCCCAGACCAUCAGAAAAUGGCAAAUCGAAAAGGCCGGUUAUUCUUGGGUUUUCAAACAAGGACAAGGCCCAAGAUGCCCAACCAGCACUACCUGCACGACCCCCAAUCCCUGGCCAGCCACAACCAGCAGAUGUGCCACCACCGGUACCGCUUGCUUCUCGUCCUUCGAUGGCUCAAAUUGAAGCAUAUGAAACACAAGCUUUAACUGCACCUGAACCUGUAUACGGGUGUCUCAUAUGUCGUGAUUGGAGCGCCCCUGAUGCCGUUGCUGCGCAAUACCCUCGAGACUCCGUGCCAAGGAACGACCCAGUCGGUUACUUGGCACAGGUGCUCUGUGGCCCUUUCCCUUCUUAUACGGAUAAGGCACGGGCGAUAUUCACUUGGUUCCAUUACAACAUUAACUAUGAUGUUGCCGCAUUCUUUGGUAACAAUGUCAGGCAUAUGACCGCAGAAGAUACUAUCUUUACUGGCAGAGCUGUUUGCGCAGGAUAUGCAGAAACAUACAAAGCGAUCGCCAACAGAGCUGGUCUUGAGUGUGUGGUUGUUACUGGCCACGGAAAGGGAUUUGGAUACACUCCGCUCAAGAAGGGUGAACGUCCGCCACCAGCCAAGCCAACUGGGCAUGCCUGGAACGCGGUGCGCAUCGAUGGCGGCGAUUGGAAGUUGUUAGAUGCCUGCUGGGGAGCUGGUCAUCUUGAUGGACAAAGUUACGUGGCAAAGUUCUCACCUCUGCAGUUCACAAAUGCCAACGAGCAUUUUGGACUCAGGCAUUUCCCAGCAGACUCACGACAUCAGUUCCGAGCCAAUGGGCAGCCUGUUACGUGGGAAAAUUACUACACCGGAGGCAUUGAAGGCGAGCCUCAUGGGAUGUGUGGGACUACGGCUGAAGAGGGCAUUUCAGAGCCCAGUAUCGAGCCGAAGCAGCGUCACAUCUCCAUUGACAGCGGAGAGAUAGUGCGCUUUCAAUACUCCAAGAUCUGCGAGCACUGGACGAAGGAUAAAUGCGGUGGAAAAGAAGGGUUGGUGCUCCUCAGCCUUCCUCGGGGCGAAGGUCAGAGAGACGAGAUGAUACCCAUGGAGACAAAUGGGUUCUGGUACUGGCUUGACGUGAAUGCGUGGGAUUUGGGUCCUCGGGGCCAAUCAGUACGUUUACUCGUUUUGACCAAGUUCGGCGACCGCGAGGAUGCAAGAGGAGUCACAGGCGAAGAAUUCCUCGCCAAGGUCGGUAGAUAUGCCAUGGGAUGGUCCUACUUGGUGACUUGGGACUUGGUCUGA